AUGCCCGGCGCAAUGAGUCCUAUCUUCGGUUUCGCGUCCUAUGGUCUUCGCCAUCCUAGGGAUCUUUUCUCUAGCGUUGGUCCCACGCUCAAUGAGCUUACGUUCGGCGCUUUGGGCUCGUCAUUCGACCCGCAGAGAGAUAUUGGUGAUCUUACCGGGAAGGUUAUUUUUGUCACUGGGGGUAACAUCGGCCUUGGAAAAGAGGCCAUUAUCCAACUCGCCAAGCACAAUCCCUCCCGUAUAUACCUAGGGGCUCGCAACGCGACAAAAGCGCAAGAUGCCAUCGCCUCGAUCCAAGAAACCGUCUCCUCUCACGUGGACAUCAGAUACAUCCCUCUCGACCUGGCCUCGUUUAAAUCCAUCCGCGCGGCCGCAGGAAAGUUCAACUCGGACAGUGAGCGAUUGGAUAUCUUGAUGCUAAACGCAGGGACAAUGGGAAACCCCCCGGAUACCACGGAGGAAGGAUUCGAGGUGCAAUUUGGAACGAAUCAUAUUGGCCAUUUCCUGCUCACGAAGCUGCUUCUGCCCACGCUGCAGAAGACCGCCGCGAAUGCGACUCCCGCGCCGGAUGUUAGAGUCGUGACGUUGAGCUCUGUGGGCCACAGUGCUGCCCCAUCGUUCGAUGUUAUGACAUCCACCCCUGCUCUGCUGGACGCAAGCACAUGGACUCGCUAUGGCGCGUCCAAGGCUGCGAAUAUCCUCUUUGCGGCGGAACUUGCGCGCCGGUAUCCGGAAAUCCUGUCUGUCGCGGUCCACCCGGGCGCUGUGUCCAGCAACUUGUACCAGCAUGCUAAGGCAUCAGCGUUCACUAGAGCUGCUCUUGCAGCUAUGUCGCUUGGUUUCCGGAGUGUACGGACUGGGGCGAUGAACCAGCUGUUUGCUGCUGGUGCCAAGAAGGAGGACUUGGUUAAUGGGGGUUACUAUAUUCCAAUUGGGGUGCAUGCUAAGACGCAGUAUGCGUCUGAUGCUGAACUGGGUAAGAAGCUUUGGGAGUGGACUGAGAAGCAGAUUGAGGAGAAAUCCCAAUCGUGA